GUCAUUACUGUAUACUUCCGCUGUGUCGUUUUCCCCCUCCAAAGUAAGAGUUCAUUGAUUAAAUACAAGUGUUAUUUUCAGUCAUACUAUAGUUAGUAUUUAAAAUUAAAAAUGUGUUCUCUGUUGAUGUUGUAAAUCUCCUUAUAUUAAGCACUUUUUAAAAUUAUUUGAAUCUAAAAACAUUUAUUAUGAAAGUCUGUGUUGCCAGACAGUUGGCGGUAACUGCUUGUUAGUCAACAGAGGCUUCAGCCUUAGCCAUGAGUGAGUUUCGGAUACAUCAUGACGUCAACGAGCUGCUCAGUCAGCUUCACGUGCGAGGAGGUGAUGGAGCAGAAGUGUAUAUUGAUUUACUGCAGAAGAACAGGACGCCGUAUGUCACCACAACAGUGUCUGCACACAGUGCAAAGGUCAAAAUAGUAGAGUGUUCCAAGACGCCAGAGGACUUCCUAAGGAAAUAUGAUGAGCUCAAGUCAAAAAAUGUCCGCAACCUGGACCCACUGGUCUACCUUCUAUCAAAGCUUAGCGAGGACAAAGAGACGCUCCAAUGUCUGCAACAGAAUGCCAAAGAAAGGUCUGAAGCAUCUGGUAAUGUGACAUCAAGUACAAGCACAACCUUUGCUAUCCCUCAAACCAGCACCAAGAUGUCAAUGCAGGAACUGGAAGAGCUGCGCAAGAAGCUGGGAAACGUCACUGCCAGCUCCAACGUGCCCCAGUCGGCUGAAGUCACACGAAAGAUGCUGAGGGACAGACACAACAAAAAGAACCCCACUCAGCCCAACCCAGUGUUUCCAAACUGGGUGUAUGACCGGCCUGCUCUGAUUGGGGACUUCAUCACCGGUGCCACACCAGCAGGAGACCCAGCAGUGGCCGUUGGUACAAUGCCCCUGCCAGCCCAGGAGCAGGCUUUGGUUGAUGAUCUGUUGUUUGUGCUGAUCGGUGUGGAUGGCAGAGACAUCACAGCCCAGCCUGUCCUCGGGAGGCAGAACCGCUCCUUUAUUGUUGACCCCAGCCUUGACAUGUCCAUCAAGGAGCUGGUCAAUAGGAUACUACCAGUCGCCUCAUACUACUCUACUAUAACACGCUUCACUGAGGAGAAGUCAUCCUUUGAGUACGGCCAGGUGAACCACGCCCUGACGGCGGCCAUGAGGACCCUGAUGAAGGAGUACCUGAUCCUGGUGACCCAGCUGGAGCACCUCCACAGGCAGGGCAUGCUCUCCCUGCAGAAGCUCUGGUUCUACAUCCAGCCUACCAUGAGGACCAUGGAGAUCCUAGCCUCCAUUGCCUCCUCGGUGGACAAAGGAGACUGCAUGGGUGGGUCGACGUUGAGCCUCCUUCACGAUCGUACCUUCAACUACACUGGAGACAGUCAAGCCCAGGAACUGUGCCUCUACCUCACGAAAGCAGCUAGUGUGCCUUACUUUGAGAUACUGGAGAAAUGGAUCUAUAGAGGCAUCAUCAAGGACCCUUACAGUGAAUUCAUGGUUGAAGAGCACGAGCUACAGAAAGAGAAGAUCCAGGAGGACUACAACGAUAAGUAUUGGGAUCAGCGGUACACAAUCGUACAGCACAGAAUUCCAUCCUUUCUUCAGAAAAUGGCAGACAAAAUUUUAAGUACAGGGAAGUACCUCAACGUGGUGAGAGAGUGUGGCCGGGACGUGACUUGUCCCGAUGCUAAGGAAAUCCUCUACACUCUCAAGGAGAGAGCCUACGUGGAGCAGAUAGAAAAAUCAUACUACUACGCCAGUAAGGUCCUUCUAGACUUUCUGAUGGAGGAGAAGGAGCUGGUCGCACGCCUUAGGUCAAUCAAGCACUACUUCUUAAUGGACAAGGGAGAUUUCUUUGUCCAUUUCAUGGAUCUGACGGAAGAGGAGCUGAAAAAGCCAGUGGAUGACAUUGUUCCUCCCAGACUGGAGGCCUUGCUAGAGCUGGCUCUGAGGAUGAGUACUGCUAACACAGACCCAUUCAAAGAUGACCUGAAGAUUGACCUGAUGCCACAUGACGUGAUCACCCAACUGCUGCGGGUGCUGGCCAUCGAGACCAAGCAGGAGAAGGCCAUCAUCAAUGCCGACCCCACCGAGGUGGCCCUCAGCGGCCUGGAGGCCUUCUCCUUCGACUACAUCGUCAAGUGGCCGCUGUCACUCAUCAUCAACAGGAAAGCGCUUACGAGAUACCAGAUGCUAUUUCGCCACAUUUUUUACUGCAAACAUGUCGAGAGGCUGUUGUGCAACGUGUGGAUCAGCAACAAAACAGCCAAGCAGUACGCCUUGCACAGGGCCAAGUGGUUUGCAGCAGCGUUUGCCCUGAGGCAGCGCAUGCUGAACUUUGUCCAGAACAUCCAGUACUACAUGAUGUUUGAAGUCAUGGAGCCCACCUGGCAUAUCAUGGAGAACAACCUGAAAUCUGCCUCCAACAUAGACGACGUGCUGUGUCAUCACACCAGCUUCCUGGACAACUGCCUGAAGGACUGCAUGCUGACCAACCCAGAGCUGCUCAAGAUCUUCUCCAAGCUCAUGUCCGUGUGUGUCAUGUUCACCAACUGCAUGCAGCGCUUCACCCAGAGCAUGAAGCUGGACCGGGAGAUGAACCGUCUGUCUCUGGAGCACGGCACCAUGGAGGGUCCUCCCACCCAAAGCGAACGCACCGUGGAGCAAGAGAAGAAGAGGCUCACCUCCAAGUUCCUAGCGGAGCACAUGGAUGCCCUGCAGUCAGACUCGUGCUUCGAAGCCACCAUCAGCAAGUUUGACAGCAACUUCAGCACACUGCUCCUGGACCUGCUGGACAAGCUCAGCGUCUACAGCACCAACGACUGUGAGCACAGCAUGAUUAACAUCAUCUACCGGUUGGAUUUCAACGGGUUCUACACAGAGCGCCUUGAGAGGAUGGCUAUAGAGAGAAGUCAGAAGGCUUCUGCAUAGCAUUGUCAAAGUGCGCUUGAUGGUAACCCAAGUAAUAUGUAUUUAUUUCUCCUACUCCUGCCCAUAUUAUAAAAACCACCUUCAAACAUGACAUUUCUCCCCCAGACAUUUCUCCACGUAUCAAACAUAAAACGGUUUAGUGUUUGAUUCAAGAAACUAUCACCAUAUAUAUUGAUGUGUUUUGAAACCGGCUCUAUGGUGUUUCCCCCUUUAAGAGGGGCAUAGGAUUAAAUAACCAUGAACUGUAUGCAUUUCUCAGAAGAAGUAAAAGAACCUGGACCUCUAUAGGGGUAACUUAUUUUUUAUCUCAUGUUUUUUUUUUUUUUUCCUGUGUACAAUAAAAAAUAUUAACUGUC